CACUGUGUUAAAGCGCGGUUUUGGCGGAGUGACUUUACAGGCCUGUUCUCAGAACUUUACACUGAGUGAAGCGCCGGUUCGCUCCGUGUUUAACAGUGUUUAUUAACCCGCGCUGUAAGAAUGACUCAGCGGCCGGUCGCUGUGGUCUGAGCCAUGAUCCUUGAGUGCAGAUCCAGCUUCAGUAGGUCGAGAGUAUAAAGUUAGAGGGGCGUUUAUUUUGAUCUAGCUAAAGGUCACGUGGAAAGGUUUUGCUGAUCACCUGUAGGAUGAUUAAUGCACUGAAGAGUGUAAGACACUUGGCCACUUCAACAGUGAAGCACACAGUGUCCGAGUUCCGUAUGCCUGUGCCAUGGGGAGAGAUGAGGGGGCGAAUUUGGGGACCAGAUCACGGGCGACCAAUACUGUGCAUUCAUGGAUGGUCGGACAACAGUGGAUCCUUCAACACCCUGAUUCCUCUACUGCCCAAUGAUUGGAGGUGUUUGGCCAUAGAUCUUCCUGGUCAUGGCUUUUCUUCACAUAGGCCUCCUGGAGUUUUCUACAGCUUCCCUUAUUAUAUUGCAGACCUGAGACGAGUUGUUGAAGCUCUUCAGUGGAAGCGUUUCUCCAUAAUCGGACACAGUAUGGGUGGAAACAUAGCUGGAUUGUUCAGUGCGAUGUAUCCGGAGAUGGUGGAUGCUGUGGUGCUCCUGGACUCUUAUGGGUUUCUUCCAGCGGACGUGAAAAAGAUGAACACCAACCUGAGGAAAGGUAUGGAUGAACUGCUCGAGUAUGAAAAGAAGAUGGAUGACAGGAGAGAAAGGAUCUACGCGUAUGAGUCGGCCAAAGAGAGGCUGAAGGCUGCAAAUCCCACUCUCUCAGAUCAGUCUGUUCAGAUCCUUUUGGAACGAGGAGUUCGGCAGGUGGACAGUGGGGUGGUGUUCACCAGAGACAUCAGAAUCAACUUAACUAAUAUUGCAAGGAUGGACUUGGACCAGAGUCUUCGACUGCAGGAACAGAUACAAGCUAAAGUGCUAGUGAUGCGGGCAACCGAAGGUUUGACAAUUACCUUUCCCCAACCUGAAGAAUUUAUGGUAGCCAUAGAAAAGGGCUGGGAGGAUAAAAAUAACUCCAUUGUGGUAGUUGAAGGAGACCAUCAUGUCCACUUGAACAACCCGUCAGUCGUGGCACCACUCAUCACAGAAUUCCUGCAGUCUGUGGCACCAGAACACAUGUCCAAUCAAGCUGCCAAACUAUGAAAAACCUCUCCACACACACACACACACACACACACACACACACACACAGAGUACUUCCAUAUUCACAACCAUGCACCCUCAGUUUGAACACAAUAACAGUGCUCAUUCUUUUCUGUUGAUUCAAGUCUAAGUGCCAUACAUGUGUAUGAAAAUGAACAAAGUUUGGAUUAUUUACUAUUUAAACGCUGUACAUGGGGGUCUUAUAGAGACCCCAGCACUGACAGAUUUACACAGAUCAAGAUCAUCUUAGCGUUGAACAGAUUGUGUUUGGGCCCAAUCAAUCUUAUAUCUAUAAUAUACAGCUCUAGAAACAAACCUUUUGAUUUUGCUAUUUAUAGAUACAUGUUUGAGUAAAAUGAACAUUGUUGUUUCAUUCUAUAAACUAUAAAAAUAUUGCCAUUUAAAUUAUUUAUUUGCAGAAAGUGAGAAAUGGCUGAAAUGCCAAAAAAUAUGCAGAGCUUUCAGACCUCAAAUAAUGCAAAGAAAACAAAACAAGUUCAAGUUCAGAAAUCAAUAUUUGUUGGAAUAACCCUGUUUUUUUAAUCAUAGUUUUCAUGCAUCUUGGCAUGUCCCCCUCCACCAGUCUUAUACACUGCUUUUGAAUAACUUUAUGCCUUUAUUCCUGGUGCAAAAAUUAAAUCAGUUCAGUUUGGUUUGAUGGCUUGUGAUCAUCCAUCUUCCUCUUGAUUAUAUUCCAGAGGUUUUCAAUUUGGUAAAAUCAAAGAAACUCAUAGUUUUUAAGUUAUUUGUUCCAGAGCUGUACACACUUAGCAUUUUAGCAAUUUCUUCUCUAGUGCUGAGUGAUAUGACUUCAAAUCUAUAUUAUGACCUAGAAUAGUGUUUGUGCUGCUUUAAACUACAUCUCAGAAAUAUUCCCUGUUAGAACAGGGAUUGUCAACUUGCCUGCAGAAGAAUAGCUAUGACCUCCUCAUAGAAACAGAGAAUUUGUAGACCACAAACAAAUUGUAGGGAGAAAACAGCUCUGUACUUGCUUGAAACAAAUGUUUCAGUUUUUAAGCUUACAUUACAAAUGUAUCAAUUAGCUGUUGUAGUGGGAUGCACAACAAAUAAUGAAAACAAAAAAAUAAAAUAAAGUUAUUGAUCAGAUCCACUUUGAUUAAAAAAUGUCAAAUUACCAACACAAACCUUAAUACCUGGCUAACAUUUUAAAUAUCAUGGUAAAUUGUCUAUUAAAUCUGUAAAAGGUUCAUUUAGUUCUGUGGUUUCAUGUUUUCAUGUCUGUGAAUUAUUGCAGGGUUCUUAUAACGAUUAAUGAACAAUUAUUUUAAUGAAUGACAGGAUGAGUCAUGUUUUAUUGAGACAGUACACAAACUGCAAUGUGGAAAAUUAUGGUAAUUAAAGGUUCUGAAUGAAACUUUACAAAAUUUUUACAUAAAUAUUUAGAUCCAUUUAUUUAAAUAACGUGUCGCCGCAUAGUUGUUUGUACAAACACUAUGUAAAGAGUCGAUCUUUCAUCAUGAUUGAACACACAAUUACAAAUAUUGAGGAUUGUUAACCUUCCCUUUAAAGUAUUUUUAGUACAUUUUAUAUAGAGUAUUUUUUUUUCUUUGGUAGUGGGGUUGGGGCUUUUGCCAUGUCUGCAGUCCUGCCUGGAUAAGGUAAUUAAUAAAUAAAUAAAAAAAAUUGUUAAAGAC